AGGAAUGGCAUCGUAUCUCGUCCUUUUGCUGUUGGUGGCUGCAUUGGCAGCGUCAGCCGCGACAAGAUUGACGAGGGGCAGCGCCUUCUUACAUCCCGCGGUUUACCGACGACGAGCCCGUCCAAACUCGCCUCAGUGGCACUCUGAGGUCCGUCCUGCCCGUACGGCGUGGAUUCGGACGGCUGUGUCGCUCUCUCUCUCGCUGCGGGUGCACGACUUGGACGGUUUGACCGUGGACCAGCUCAAGGACGCCCUCCGCCGUCGCGGACUGCCCUUGUCGGGGCGAAAGGUCGACCUCUUGAGCCGCUUGCGUGCGGACAUAGCCCAGGGGCAGAGGGAGGAUCGCCCCGGAUGGAUGCUCAAUCUGGAGGGGGAGGAGGAGGGGGGAUUGGUCGGGCAAGGGGUCGAAGGGAAGGAUGAAGAGGAGGGAGAGGAGACGCUGGAGGAUCGAUUGGUUGCGGCUUUGGCUGCUGAAGUGAAUGCGUGA